CUCUACAAUGUGUAACCGAUUUGUGGGAACAUGGAAACUCGUCUCCAGUGAAAAUUUUGAUGACUAUAUGAAAGAAUUGGGAGUGGGCUUAGCUACCCGGAAACUAGGUGGCCUGGCAAAGCCUGAUGUGAUCAUCAGUAUGAAAGGGGACAUAGUAACCAUCAGAACUGAAAGCACCUUCAAAAAUACAACGAUCUCUUUCAAACUGGGCCAGCAGUUUGAUGAAACAACAGCAGAUGACCGGAAAGUCAAGAGUGUUGUUACCUUGGAGAAAGGAGCAUUGGUGCAAGUGCAGAAGUGGAACGGCAAAGAGACCACGAUAAAGAGAAGACUGGUUGACGGGAAAAUGGUGGUGGAAUGUGCCAUGAAAGGAGUUGUCUGCACUAGAGUCUAUGAA